CUCCACCCCGCUCUCCGACCCGGUCUCCUGCAUAAACUCCAAGGUCUCAUCUCGAUCACCCGACAGCAGCCUGGUGCCCAACAUAUCUCCGAUCGCCCACCAUGUGUUCUAUGGAUGGCCCCCUUUCUUUCCAGGGUGGCUACAGCUCCGAGGCUUGGUCUUACAUCACGGCUCUCCGCGCUCACGCCGGAGAUUCUCAGCUCAGGCUCCAGAUAGAUCACCAUGGUGACUUGCAGUCCAUCGAGUUCUGGCUCGGCUUGCCUGAGGAGUCGAGGCGCUUGGCGCACGAACUCCAUGCCACCGAGUGUCGCAUCGACGAGACCAUCGUGGUCUGCCACAGCGAACCCGGCGCGUGGUACCCGCCCCUGUACGAGACCUCGCUGUGCCCCCCCACCGGGUACAAGGAUCCCUUGUUUGUCGUCGGCCGCACCAUGUUCGAGACGGAUCGGCUCAACCCCGAGCACGUCGCGCGGUGCAAUCGGUUGGACGCCGUAUGGGUGCCCACGGAAUUCCAUGUAUCCUCGUUUCGCCGAAGCGGCGUGGAUCCUGCUAAGGUCGUCAAACUGGUCCAACCGGUCGAUGUGGAGUUCUUCGAUCCGGCGAAGCAUGAAGCCCUUGUUCUUCCUUCGAAAGCUCCAGUUUUGGGCUCCAACAGCCGGGCUUCGACAGGAAGGGAAUUCGUUUUCCUCAGUGUGUUCAAGUGGGAGCAGAGGAAGGGAUGGGAUGUGCUGCUCAAGGCCUACUUAGAGGAAUUCUCAAAAGCUGAUGGGGUUGCAUUGUACCUCCUUACGAGCGCUUACCACUCUGACAAGGAUUUCUCGUCUAAGAUCAAGGUGUUCGUCGAAAGGUCAGGGAUGAAGGAACCAACUGAUGGCUGGGCGCCGAUCUAUCUACUCGACGCCCACAUACCGCAGUCCGAUCUGCCAAGAAUCUACAAGGCGGCCGACACGUUUGUGCUGCCCUCGAGGGGCGAAGGAUGGGGGAGGCCCAUCGUCGAGGCCAUGGCCAUGUCGGUACCGGUGAUAGCCACCAACUGGUCGGGACCGACCGAGUACUUGACGGAGGAUAACGCCUACCCGUUGUCUGUGGCUCGGAUGAGCGAGCUAGCGGAGGGGCCAUUCAAGGGUCAUUUCUGGGCGGAGCCGGCGAGCGAUCAGCUGAAGGUUUUGAUGAGGCAUGUGGUGGACAACCCUGAGGAAGCUCGAAGGAGAGGGAGGAAAGCGAGGAGCGACAUGGUCGAGAGAUUCUCGCCUCAGGUCGUUGCAAGGCUUGUCGUCGAUCAGAUCGUGAACAUAGUGCGGAAUCGGAGUGAGAAGACGAGCAAGCGAGAUUAGAUAGCAGGGAAUUGGAGGAGGCUUGUGCUGUGCGCAGUGCGUUGGAAGAACCAUUGGUUCUCUGCCAUGAGAACAGACAUUGAUUUCUGUUGUGUUGAGAGUAUCAACCAUUUGCUAUUUGUUCUGUAGAAGCAGCUGCUCGUGUUAUGGUGUUUAUUAGACGAAAUCUUAAGGAUGUUUAACCACUUGUAUC